AUGAUCAGAGUAUUAUGGGUUAUUUUUAAAAAUCAAAUCAAGAUGGCGGCGGCAGUACCUUUCAAUGUUGUUUUUGGAAUUCGAGAAACACCGUUAACUCAGGCUCUGGAGUCAAGACGUUUUGACGAAGCAAUAGAAUUUAUUGACAGCCAUUAUGGAAUGUGCUUAGAUGAGGGAUUCUACCAAAGGAUACCACUUUUUAUCGUUCUUUCGGGUGAAAAUUCUACGGUCGACGGCGAAGCCAUGCCUAUUCACUUGAAUAUCGCUCUGCGAUUAAUAGAGAAAGGUGCAGAUCCCAAUUUGAGAAUUCCAGAGACCUGUGGUGCUGAAUACAUAGGACCAGGAAGGUCACCACUGGAAUGUGUGGUGAACUUUUACAAUCUUGUAACAGGCAACAACAGUCUAAUCACUAAAGAAGCUGCCUCCACAUACGAUGCUCUCUCUGUUCAUGGAAAAUACAUAAAACAAACAGCAGACCUGGUUGAAGAAUUGAUAGAUGUGGCAUGGCUUUUGUUAGGUCAUGGAGCUGAAGUUAAUGUUAGAGACAUAGAAAUGAAGACACCAUUGCACUCAACACUGUUAAGAUCACAAGACUUGCGUAUGGCUCAGACCUUAUGCGACAAUGGUGCUGAUCUUAUGGCUAGUGAUUGUCAUGGCAACACACCCCUUAUGUCUCUUUGUUGUCCAUUGCCAUGGCGGGAUGGUAUUGAGCAAGGACCUUGUUUUAAUCAUGACAUCAGUGAAGCUGUGCGCUUUUUGUUAUCAUUUGAAGAUGUGAAGAUUAACCACUGUGGAAUUCACAGUAGGACAGCUCUAUUUUAUGCCAUGCAGUCUGGUAACUUUGAAGUUGCAAAGAUUCUUCUUGAUCAUGGAGCUGAUCCUAGUUUGCGAGGCCUGGGACCUGAUGGGAGAUAUAUUUCUCCUCUUCUGGCAUCAAUUAUUCCAUGGUCUGCCAUUGGACGAAAGGACAUGGCUGCAGUUUGCCGCAAACUUGCUCCACUUGUGGAUAAAGGUUAUUUUUCUCUGGAAGAAAUCCUGCUAGAACUUUUGGAAUAUGCAUCUUGCGGGAAUGCGAAUGAUGUGGCACUACUAAACCUGAAGAAAUUUGGAAUCAGCUUGAUUCCAAUGCUGUUUGGUCAGAGUACAUGUCGGCUGUGUCAACUGGCGUCAAGGGUGUUCAUAAAGAGCUCGUUCAUGGGGGAAGAAUUUGGACUUUUGAGUUCCAGUGAGGUAGCUUGUUUGGUAAGAAAGCAAAGUCUACCCACGGAGAUAGUCACAGAUUUUCAAAUCGUCUUGUUGAGGCAAAAGAUCUUAAAUUCGCUGUCUGAAACAGACUGGGACUUGUGGGACAUGGAAGAAUUUAUGUUGGAUGAGAGCAGUGAAUAUGAUGAAUCAGAGGAUGAUUACUGGUAAGGUUCCAAUAUUGUUCCAAUAUUGUUCCACCCUUCGGACGAGGCCUGCCUGUCUUCCCUGCAAGCUUUCCUUCGUAACACAGUGGGAACCCAAGAAUCUGUGCAAGAUUCGGUGUAAAAAGCUGAACACUAGCGACGAUCUAGUUGUGUUAAUUCACCUACAGAGUAAGUCAACCUUCUGCUAUCUUCUGCUGUUAGAGUCCAAUUUUUUCCUGGAAGGAAGUGUGAAGGACAAACUCAGGGGCAUUAGCAGACUCGGCACCUCCUUGGCUCCUACCAGAUACCAAUGCAGUCCAUUGAGGCUCGUUGUGCAAACUACAAUGUUAAAUUUUGCAUUGGCAGAGCUUUAGUGAGAGGGACUGAUAGAAAGUUCCUCUGAAAACAACCACUUCUUAUGAUAUCAAAUAGGCGCCGUUUAUCUUUACUAAAUGGUUCAUUCACAACACGGAUCUGUUUGUCUCCCCUUUCCGCCAUAUCCGUGGUGGCUUGGAUUCUUAAAAACCCCCGUUAGCAGUAUCUCUAUAUCAGUGAUGAGCGACCCGGCUCCGCUCCGUGUAAGGUGCGGUUAAUCGACAAUCAAAACGGCGCAUGAAACUUUCCUGCUGAAUCAAACACCAUCGUCGUCAGGGAAGAGAGAUUUCGAACCUGAGAUAUCAGUUAUAGUGGUUAACGCUUACGGAACUGACUGACUGAGUAAUGAGCCCAGAAUUAGCGUUUCUUUGAGAUGUGCCAACUAGAAUAGCUAAGGCAUACGUCCCCUAUGGGUGACUAGAAUCUCAUUUCUCAUCACAAUAUCGCCCCUGAAUCAAACAUUAAGGUUACGAGAAAAACAAGAAACCAUCAUUACCUGAAGAAGCUCGUGAUUGUUAAACAAAUUUUCCUUGUCAGUACCUUAAGAAAUGACGUACAGAGAACAUUAUGGAGAAUGAGGAUGUAAACGGUUUACUCUCUAUGAAAUGAUUUCAUUUUGCUUAGACCGGUAUCUAAGAAAAUAAACACAAAACUUUCUAAAGAAUAAUGAAGGAGACAAGAUAUAAACGUAGUUUGAUUUUCACUUGUUUGAUUACCUCAAAGUUUGGUGACUUCGUUUUAUGAUUCAGCUUUUUUUAAACAGAGAAUAAACGCUGAUAAUACCAGCUGCCAGUUUCUUGCGA